CCCGGCUGAAUAAAAGAGACUGGAAAAAAACUCAACAUCAUUAGCGAGCGGCUCGUCGGUUUUAACUGAGCGCUGAAAGCGGCUGCAUAGAGGUGCAAAAGGAAGAAGCUUAGCAGCAGCUGAACUGCAGCGCUUUGUCUGUUCUGGUUUUAUUGCAGCGGUAAAAGAGCGGUACACAUACACAGAUGGACAACAGAAACGCCUCAGAAGAAAAGCCUGUUCAGCGCUCCAAGUCAUUCAGUUUCAAGACUCCGAGUGAGACCUGUGCAGCCUGUCAGAAGACAGUGUAUCCGAUGGAGAGACUGGUGGCCAACAAUCUUAUUUUCCAUACAGUCUGCUUCUGCUGCAAGCACUGCAAUGCCAAACUCAGCCUGGGCACCUACGCUGCCCUCCAGGGCGAGUUCUACUGCAAGCCUCACUACCAGCAACUCUUCAAGAGUAAAGGGAACUAUGACGAGGGCUUCGGGCGCAAGCAGCACAAAGAGCUGUGGGCUUCCAAAGACGCCGAGAGCAUCACCAAAACGGCCUAACGUCCACCCGCCGUGUUAGCACUGUUAGUGUAUUGCCCGUAUGUCCGAACCACUUAUGUACGAUGACCUGCCUGCCCUUUCUCACCCAUACUCUCACCCAUACUCUCACCCAUACUCUCACCCAUACUCUCACCCAUACUCUCACCCAUACUCUCACCCAUACUCUCACCCAUACUCUCACCCAUACUCUCACCCAUACUCUCACCCAUACUCUCAUUUCCAGUACUUACACACACUUGUGCACAAACAUAACGGGGCAGGCGUCUUUUCCUCUGGAGUGUGGCUUUUUUUUUUUUUUCCUUCCUAUUUUUAUUUCUCAUUUUUGUCACUUCGAUUUUAUUUAGCUUUAGAAAAUGUUUUUAUUUUUUUAUGUUCUUUCUUUGUUUUAUGUCUCUUGAUUGACUAGCUGUUUGUGACCAAAAUUCACCCCGUCUAGAUUGGGGAGAUUAUUUCUGUUAUUUUUAUCAUCUUUUUAUUUUAAUGUAAUAGUUUUUUGUGUACUUUAUUUAGCACAACUACUAGUUAUUUACUAGUAGGUGUAGGUAGGUGUGUCUGUAGGAGAGUGUGUAUGUGUGUGUGCGAGUGAAAAAAGAGCUCCUUCAGUGAAACAAAAUGCAUGAAUGAAUGCAGUGUUUUAGACCGUACACUCAGGUAGAGGUUCGGGGGAUCGUGUGUGUAUGUGUGUGAGAUUUUUUUUUUUUCGUCAGUCUUUUACGAUCUGAAUGAUCGAAUUCCAGAUUUUUUUUAAAUAAGAACCAUUGGGCCUGGCUUGAAAUAGAAUAUUAUAUCUGUGAAAGUACAGGGUACAUGGUACUGUAAAUAUCUCUCCGGAAUAUGCUUCACAACAAUAUUCACACACUCUCUCCAUCUCUCUCUCUCUUUUUUUUUCUUUCUUUUUGUCUUUCUAUACUGUAUUUCUCCAUGUCCCCCCCCCCCCCCCCCCCCAAACUUUUUAACUUUUUAAUUUUAAAAGCAUUUUGGACUCUGAAUACGAAUUAAAUCAUAUCAGUUUCACAGUA